CAGUUAUAGAUGGUGCAUUUGAGAGGAGUGGAUUAAUGUUUAGGUUAUGUUGUGACAAGUGCGAGGUAUUUCGAUUUCUAACUGAUAAAGUACAUGGAAUUAAAUACAAUUGUUCUGAGAAAAUCUAAAGAGCAAUCGCUGGGGAGAAAAAAAGAUAGAGUUACCAUACAAUAACUCAUUCAUCGCGUAGUAUAUAAUAAAUCGUAGAGGUUAUGACGUCACAUCGAUCACAAUCGGCCCACGAUUUUGAUAAUUCAUGACACACGAUACACUUUCACGACGAGAAUGGAGGAGCCCAAUCCGAAGGAGACUAUCAAUUUACUCGACCUGCUGUCAGAAAGCGAUUCUGACAGCACCGACCUGAUCCUCGCACCCCAGAAAAAGAAGAAAGUCAAACGGCGGCACAGAUCACGGAUCUUGUCUAGGACUAGACAUAAUAAUAAUUCUUAUGGAUGCAAUAAGUCGGAUAUGCGAGUUGUAUCCCUGUGGUUGGCGGCAGUACUAAUCACAUUCUGGUUAAUCGCAUUAUCUUGGCUAGCAACUAUAUUGUACGGCGAGAUUAAGAAAAUGGAUAUAUCGAUCAAGUCAGUGAUAGCGGGUAGCGAAGGUGUACCAGAUGCUUUACAGAAAUGCCAUUCAUUAUCGAGAGAUCUUCAGAAUAACCAGACUAUUAUUUUCUCCAGACUAUCUGAUCUCAAGCAGCAAAUAAAUAAUUAUACGGUACAGCUGGCACAUAUUCAACAGGACUUACAUAAAGUACAAGAGUAUUUCCAAACCGCGCCCGAGAUGGCCACCUUGCCGAAACGCUUAAAUGAACUGUCAGCUAGCGUUGCGACAUUCGGAAGUCAAAUAAAUGAUCUGGGCGCCACGGUAAAAACUUUAAAAGAGACAAAUGUGAGGAUACAGGAUGCGCAAACCGCUAUACAACAAAAUGUCAGCAGUAUUAAGCAAUCUAUGUCAGAAUUAUCGAAUAUCACACAAAAGCCUCAAAUUUUGAACACCGAUGAAACGCAAGUAAAGAUCGAUAAAAUAAACUUUACAAUAUCGCAUUUAAUGAAUAAUUUAACGCAUGUUAACAAGACCUUGUCGAGCAAAUUGCAAUGGGUUGCCGAUGAUCAAGACGACGAUCGCAGAAAGUUAGUCUCGCUUCAAGAAGCAACGGCGGCCAUUAACACGACAGUGAUGUCUUUGCAAGGAGAAUGCGUCAAAAUGUCUGAACAAACUUCCGUUUUAGCGUCAAUUCAACAAUUAACGGAAAAGGUGAGCGAGAUACAUGCAACAGAUGUAGAACUAAUUGACAAAUUCAAGCGAUUGGAACAAUCAUACAAUGGAUUGAAAAAUUCCACUAGCAUAAUGUUUGCGACCGUAUCCGAAAUACAGAAUCAGCAACAAGUCAGCAAAAAGCUACCGGAGUCGUUAAACAACGAUAUAACAACAGAGGCGUAUCGCGAUGCGACAGAUGUAAACGAUAUUGCUCAGAAGAUUAUAAAUGAAACGUGACAGAAGCACGCGUCCAGUGCGUAUGUGGAGUAAAUAAAAUAUUUCUCGAAAAAACUUGCGAGAAAAAAUUUUCGUGGAGGGAAGUUAUUUUACACACAAUCUGAUGAAGUUGUGUAUGAACUUGUAAAUACUAAUAAAUUAAGUGCGUUAUAUAACUUCAUGUAUAUAGAAAGAAAGACUAUUUAUGAUAUCAUACACGUAUCUCUCCAGUAGAAUAAUAAUCUACUAGAGUUUGCAACUUGUGUGAUUGAUGGAGACUGCGAGCAUUGGCCAUGGCCUGAGAGAGGCUAUUUACGCCGAGCAAUAAUUACACAGCGUUUAAAAACAUUACUGUUAAUAAAACAUUCUGUAUUCGACCUAGAUUCUCAGAGAUUAACUAAAUGUCAAUUCUUAAACAGCAUUAAACACGAUAUAGCGAAAGAGGUAUUUCAGAAAUACCAUGAAAAGUACAAAGUCGACAGCCGUCUAAAACACAUUCUCGGUUGUAUAACGUCAAGCAAAAAAAAAAUAUUCAUAUUUAACGAUAAAACUACCAAGAGUUUUUCUACUCUUCUACAUUUUAUAGAGAGAGUAGUAUUAUAAAUUUUUUAGUAACUACUGUAAAUUUUUUCGAUUUUUCUGACACAAUAGAAUUCUCUAGAUUGCAAAGAAAUAUACAAGUGAUUCAGGAUGUUAAUACGUAUAUAGAUGCAACAAUAUUAAGUUGACAAACAGUGUAAUAAAAUGAUAAAGGUGUAAUAAUUA